GGCUCAAGCUGCGCAGGGGAGUUAUUGCAAGGGACAGCCUAGCUGGAAAAAAUCGUGCACUGAAUGCACAUAUUUUUAAUUUUAUACCGGGAAAAAAACAAAUAUCAUUAUAAUGCCUGGGAUGAUGGAUAAAGGGUCGGACUACCUAGGGAAAGGUCGGUCUAACGGGACGAAAAGCCCCUCAAACGCCUCGAAUGGCCAUUUUUCUGAUGAGAGUGGCAGCGACGACGAGCACGAUGUCGGAAUGCGUGUGGGAUCCGAUUAUCAAGCCAAUAUUCCUGAAUAUGAUCCAGGUUCUACCAAAUACAGUGAUAAAGACACUGGAGGCAUGUUGGUGUGGUCUCCACAUCAUACUAUUGCGGACACUAAAUUGGAUGAAUACAUUGCCAUUGCAAAGGAAAAACAUGGCUAUAAUGUGGAGCAGGCUCUUGGCAUGUUGUUCUGGCACAAGCACAACAUUGAGAAGUCCCUGGCAGACCUGCCCAACUUCACCCCCUUCCCAGAUGACUGGACGGUGGAGGACAAAGUGCUGUUUGAGCAAGCCUUCAGCUUCCAUGGCAAGAGCUUUCAUAGGAUCCAGCAGAUGUUGCCAGACAAAUCCAUAUCAAGUCUUGUGAAGUACUACUACUCAUGGAAGAAGACCAGAUCCAGGACAAGUUUGAUGGACAGACAAGCGAGAAAGCUGGCCAACCGAAGUAAUCAAGAUGAAAGUGAUGAAGAAAUGGAGGAAGCUAAUCCUAUUGAGGCAAACGACAGUGAUUAUGACCCUACUAAAGAGACAAAGAAAGAGAGCCACGUUGAGCCACAGAUAAUGAGCUCUAAGAUCAGCAUGGGCCGGCGAGACCAUCAGACACUGCAGCAUCGGCACCACUCACAGCGCUCCAAGUGCCGUCCACCCAAAGGCAUGUACCUCACACAGGAGGACGUGGUGGCUGUGUCCUGCAGCUCCACUGCUGCUAACACCGUCCUGCGACAGCUUGACAUGGAGCUCGUCUCUCUUAAAAGACAGGUCCAAAAUGCCAAGCAGCUGAACAGUGCUCUGAAACAGAGGAUUGAAUCUGGCAUUGAUGAAUACCGCCUGCCUGAGUCCAACCAAAAAGUCAAUGCCCGCUGGACAACAGAUGAGCAGCUUCUUGCCGUUCAAGGAGUCCGCAAGUACGGCAAAGACUUCCAGGCCAUCGCAGAUGUUAUUGGCAAUAAAACAGUGGGGCAAGUUAAGAACUUCUUUGUGAACUAUCGGCGCCGUUUUAACCUGGAGGAGGUGCUGCAGGAGUGGGAAGCCGAGCAGGGAACUCGGGCCCCCAAUGGAGACAGCACAGCUGCUGGGGAAGAUGGAAAAAACAGCUCCAACCCGCCAUCGGGAAAGAGCACAGACGAAGAGGAGGAGGAGGGUCAGGUGACGCCUGCCUCUGGACCGUCUCCCAUAGCUGUAGCAUCAUUGACCAUGGCAGCAGCAAGUGGCAGUACCUCCUUGAAUCAGCCUCCACCUUUACUACGGCCCUCUCUGCCAGCCACUCCUGCACUGCACCGCCAGCCUCCACCCCUCCAGCAGCAGGCCCGUUUCCUGCAGCCUCGUUCAGCUCUGAACCAGCCGCCGCCACUCAUUCGGCCUUCCAACCCACUCCCCCCGCGCCUCAAUCCUCGUCCUGCUGCACCCACCAACUCCGGCAUGGGCCCGCAGCCCCCCACACUAGUGGGCAUUCCUUCUGAAAACCCAUCUUCUUCUCUGCACUGAGCAUAAACAGCACACCCCAAUUUGAGGGUGAGAAAGAAGAACUUGCAUAUUUUUUGUUGUUGAGUUUGUGGUAUUGUUUUCUAUCAAUGUUUUGAUAUCAUCAUCAGAGGGCAGUAUUGAUCAUGUACAGAUUAGGCAAAUUAAAAGAAAAGCUAUGACAGAAAGGGUGUUAGUAAGGGUAAUGGGUGUUCCAGAUCAGCUUCUGUGUUUCUUGCCAUUGAUUUUCCAAGUUUCUGGAACAGUGCUGGAAUGAUGAACAUCAUUCCUCCAAAAAAUAUUCCUCUAUUUGGUUUUGAUGAUGGUGGUGGAAAGUGCUGUCAAACAUGGUGCUCCAAAAUCUCCUAUAUAUGUGUUCAGUUUAAUUGAGAUUUGUUGACAGUGAAGGCCAUAAAUGUACAUCAUAUUCACACUGAUUAAGCCAGUCCUUGUUCCCUGUGGAAUGGGGUGGAGUCAUUCUGGGAGAGACCACUCAUAUCAAACACAAGUGUUUUAAGAAGAACAUUGUAUUGAUUCACAGCAACUCUUUCCUCUAAAGGGAAAAGCCAAACCAUCCCAGAAAAGGCCCUUACAGCAUUAAAGAUCUGCUGGUUUUCCAUUUAAUUUGUCACCAGUCUGCAUGUAAUGUUAGCCUUUGACUGCUGUGUAUAUCAUGUUUAUUUAAAUAUUUGUAUAACUGACCCUUUGAAAAUGUUUUAGUCAUAAUUUGUUGCUCUUAUGAUUUCAUACAAGUGGCAAAACACAACUCUGUGUUCUUAAAAACAUUGUUUGCUGCAAACUGAAGGUCCGGGGGGUUGAGCUGGGCUUGAUCCAACUCCUUCUAUAACCCUAACCCGUGAGGCACUCUACAACACAGAACAAUACACUUAUCCAGACGGAAAAACACUGAGUUUUCUCUGCCUCCUGGACCUUUGGCUCAAAUCUGCAUAGGCAGGGGGAACUGGAUUAGUUCAGACUUCCCCAUUGGACUUAUGAUACUGUAGUUACUGGUACUUGCUCACAGUUAGAAAGUGACAGUGAGGGGUGUGUGUGUGUGUUUGUUUGGGUUUUUAUUUUUAUUUUUAGGGCUUAUCAAGUCCUUCAGUUUCCUGUUGUAAGUGUUCAGUGCACUGUUUGUGUGACACUCUUGUCAUGUGUAUAUAAACAUUAUUUAUUUUUAUACUCGGUGCUAAGGACUACAGACAGAUUAAUGCCUAUUGUCCAGAUCUUACACCAUAAAAGUGCUCUUAAUGGUUAAGAGAACAUCAUGUUUGUUUAAAAAUGGACAUUUCAGACUUCAAACACAGGUCUUGAGACUCUCCACAAACUACUGUGCUAUACCGUUCGUUGUAUGAUAAUGAACAGGCAAUUGAUUUUCAGUGAGAGUGGUAAUGAAUACCGUGGAUUACGAGCUUGUUGAUUAUGAACACUAAAAAUAGCUGACAUCAAAUGGUCUCAACUUUAAUUAAUCAUCCCCUUAAUAAAGAAAUGAUUUUAUGACCAUAAUUAUUUUAUGCAAUAUUCAAAUAUUAGUCUUAAUAUUUUAGUUACAUCUUCAAACAUUUAUGGUCGUAUUAUUUAUAAAAAUCACAUUACGCACAUUAGGUUCCAGUAGAUGUUUUUUUUUUAUUUAUAGAGCUACUUGUUUUUGAGUUAUUGAGGUUUGGCUAAUAAUUAGUAAGAGGUAUAAGAACUUUGGUGUUUUCACCGCUGUAACAAAAUUUUGUUAGUAAUGCACCCCAUGGUCAUACGUCACUGUCCCCACUCUUGGACCUUUGGUCUUUCAUCAUCUUGUGCGGUCAUUUUCAUCCAACUAUUAUUAUUUAUUUGUUCAUGUUGGUUGGAAAUCAUUGAAUAGAAUAGCAGAUGAUCGAACCAGAGAUUAAGCUGUUGACUCUGUGUGUGAGUUCAGUCCCAUGCUGGUAGUUCCUUUUCUUAAUGUACCCUGUAGCAUUAAAUUAUGUCCCUUUUUAUGUAGAGAUGAUAUUGAUAUGUUUAUUUGACUAUACAAAAAAAAUGGAUACUUGUUCUUCAUUUCAUAAUUGUCAGUGUUUUGCUGUAAUUUCACUUUGUUUUGUUAAUUCACUCUGUAGAGAUGCUGGGUUUGUGUUGUUCCUGCAUGUCACUAUGUUCGUACAUUCAUUGUUGUGUAUGUAUUUUUAAUCAUUUUGUGUUGUAUUUUAUCUCAUGUAUGCUCUGUGGGCUGAUUUCUAGUCUGUUUUCAUGUACCAACUUUAUAGUUUUUUCAUGUAAAUCUUUGUAAAUGCUGUCCCUUUUUACACAGUUACCUCUUAGAAUGUCAAAAUUAUUUAUAGCACUUAUUAAGUAGAAACCACUUUCCUAGUGGGUUAAAUUUUUUUCCCCUGUAACACUUGACAGACACAGUGUCUACUUCCUCUGCAUUUCAGGCAUUAAAGCAGAAGUGUCCACACUAAA